AGCCGAAACGAACCAAACUACUCGUUAGGGGAAUAGUGUUCCAUUAUGUUCCCUUUCUCCUCCCUGCAAGUCGAGUAUAGCAAUUUCCAUCGUUCAUCGCAAAUCAUGUCGAACGCCCUGAGCAUGAGCAACUCCGGCUUUCCACACUCGUGGAUCGUCUCCGGGCAGGACUUCUGUCCGAUCACGUACUCAUCGAUCCAGGGCCAUAACUCGGGCGUCUCGAGCAAUCUCGCAACGGUAGAGCCGGGUCUGAUCGAGCUGCGGAAGGAAAAGUCCCGCGACGCAGCGCGUUCGCGCCGUGGCAAGGAAAACUACGAGUUUUACGAGCUGGCGAAGAUGUUACCGUUGCCCGCGGCCAUCACCAGCCAGCUGGACAAAGCCUCCAUCAUACGGCUCACGAUCAGCUACCUGAAGCUGAAGGAGUUCAGCGAGAACGGUGUCCCGUCCUGGUGCAAGGACCCGAUCGGCUUCCAAAACUAUAACGCCCCGCAGUACUUUAACGAGAUGUUCGAGACGCAUCUCGGCACCCAUAUACUGCAAUCGUUGGACGGUUUCGCCAUCUCCACCGGUGUGGAUGGGCGCUUCCUCUACAUCUCCGAGACGGUUUCGAUCUAUCUCGGGCUGUCGCAGGUAGAGAUGACCGGCAGCAGCAUCUUCGACUACGUGCACAAGAACGAUCACGCCGAGGUGGAGCAACAGCUCGGCAUCAAGAAGGGUGCGGAGUACGCCAGCUACGGCGGGUACGGUGAUGAUCCGCCGGCCGAGAAGGCAACCGUACUGAAGCUGGGCAAGGACGCGCCGGGUGGCAAGGGCCUGCUGCCGGGCGAAACGUACGAAGGUGAUGACCGUGCGUUCUGCAUUCGGAUGAAGUCGACGCUCACCAAACGUGGUUGCCAUUUUAAAUCGUCCGGCUAUCGGGUGAUACUGCUGCUGUGCCAUCUGCGCAAGAAGGGUGCGGGCCAGGAGGAGGCGCACACCGACAAGCAGACGGUGAUCGGGAUGGUGGGGAUUGGGAUCGCGCUGCCACCGCCCUCGCUGCACGAGAUAAAGCUCGAGUCGGACAUGUUCGUGUUCCGGACGAGCCUGGACCUGACGAUCAUACACUGCGAGAACAGGAUUUCCAGUUUUCUGGACUACACCGCGGACGAGCUGAAUGGGAAGAGUGUCUACAGUCUGUGCCAUGGGCAGGAUGCACACAAGCUGAAGAAGAGCCACAGUGAAUUGAUCCAGAAGGGUCAGGUGUUGACUCCCUUCUACCGCAUCCUCAACAAGAACGCGGGAUACUUCUGGAUCCAGUCUUGCUGUACGAUGGUGUGCCAGACGAAGAACAUGAGCGACCAGACGGUGAUCUGCGUCAACUACAUCAUCACCAAACCGGAAAAGGAAAACCUCAUCCUGGACAUUUCCCAAAUCCCGUCAUCCGCAGGCGUACUGGGCGACUAUCAUGCGAAACCCUUGUCCUCGGGGAGUACUGCUGCUGCCGGGGCGAAAAAAUCCCAACCCGGAGUAGUACCCGGCGAGUACGAUCUGGACACGCAUGCACACGCGCACCAUCACUCGGGUACGGACGGUUAUCAUCUGGAUGGUGGCGCUUCGCACGUCGAUCACAAGGUAGACAUGAUGGAAAAGUCCGGUCUGGGGAAAGGUGGCCUUGGGAUGGCCUACGGCGGUACCAAUAGCAACACCACCACCGAUAAGAAGGAUCUCGACUACAAGGACAAACUGCUCGAGCGUGAGAAAGGCUGCAGCAACAGUAAGCAUCAGCGUCUUAAGAGUGGCAGCCCGAUGCUGAAUCUGCCGAACGAGAAUGGUACGCUCGAGAAGAAAUCGUCCGGCGGCAAGAAGAGCGUCAACAAUCGGGCUAGCGUCAUCCGGGUGCUAAGCAAACCAUCGAAGAAGGUCCUGCAGGAGUCGCACUAGA